UUGCUUUAUUUUUAAUGUUAGAUCAAAAUGAAGAGGACCUUGCCUAUGACACCGUUUGGUUUCUUACAAGCACAGCAAAAAGCAUCAGGUGUCAAAGAAAUUGAACAAGUACCUCUUGUUAUUCAAACUACAGAUUCAGCAAAAGAUUCUAUGGACUAUCCAAAUCCUACCUAUAUGGAUCAUUUUGCUAUUUGUUCCAAAGUUCUUAGAUCAUAUCUCCGACCGAAGCCAGUUGAAAAAUCAGAAACUAAUUCAACGUCAGGAACUAUUACGAAAGAAUGCACAGGAGCAAAGGAGGACUUAAGAAAUAGAAUGGAAUCAAUGGAAACAGAUUUUAAACAGAAACUAGAGAACUUUUCGAAUCAUAUUACAGACUUCACUUUUUUAAGAGACAGUGUACAUUUUACAACAAGCUAGCAGUGUUAAAAAUUUUUAUAAUAAAUAAACGUGUAAAUAAUUUUUCAUGAAAA